AGUUGAACAUUUCUUACCCAAUUAACGGUUCCCAAAAGGUUGUCGACAUUGAUGAUGAACAUCGUAUCCGUGUUUUCUACGACAAGCGUGUUGGCCAAGAAGUUGAAGGUGAACACGUUGGCGAAGAAUUCAAAGGUUACGUCUUUAAGAUUUCUGGUGGUAACGACAAACAAGGUUUCCCAAUGAAACAAGGUGUUUUGUUGCCACACAGAGUUAAAUUGUUGAUGGGCAAGAACGUCUCUUGUUACAGACCAAGAAGAGCUGGUGAAAGAAAGAGAAAAUCUGUUAGAGGUGCUAUUGUUGGCCCAGAUUUGGCUGUUUUGUCUUUGGUCAUCAUCAAACGUGGUGAACAAGAAUUGGAAGGUGUUACUGAUACUGUUGUUCCAAAGAGAUUAGGUCCAAAGAGAGCUAACAACAUCAGAAAAUUCUUUGGUUUGACCAAGGAAGAUGAUGUCCGUGAUUAUGUUAUUAAGAGAGAGAUCACUAAGGGUGAAAAAACAUACACCAAGGCUCCAAAGAUCCAAAGAUUGGUUACUCCUCAAAGAUUGCAAAGAAAGAGACACCAAAAGGCUUUGAAGAUCAAGAACGCUCAAGCUCAACGUGAAGCUGCCGCUGAAUAUGCUCAAUUGUUGGCUAAGAGAUUGUCUGAAAGAAAGCAUGAAAAAGCUGAAAUUAGAAAGAGAAGAGCUUCUUCUUUGAGAGCUUAA